UUGGCUGCUGAACAAGCCUCCGUUUUCGGGGUGAAGGCAGUCAUGGAGGAGCUGAGCGCCGUGGGAGAGCAGGUUUUUGAUGCCGAGUGCAUUUUGAACAAACGACUCCGAAAGGGAAAGUUGGAGUUUCUGGUGAAGUGGAGGGGAUGGUCAUCCAAGCACAACAGCUGGGAACCGCAGGAAAACAUCCUCGACCCGAGACUGUUGGCUGCGUUCAAUAAAAAAGAACAAGAAAAGGAGCUUCUGAUGCUUAAAAGACGCAAAAGACCCAGAGGACGACCCAGAAAGAUCAUAGAAAAUAUUCCAGAACCCCAAAAAUCAAGCAGUUCGUCAUCUGCCUCGUCUUCAACGUCCUCUGACUCUUCAUCCUCGUGCACUUCUUCUUCCUCAUCAUCAUCAGACGAUGAGGACGAGGGUGACGACGUCAAACAGGCGAGCCCGACGGUCCGUCCGCGAGAGCUGCAUCCCGUCCCCCAGAAGAAGGCGCAGAUCGUCAUGGCGAAGCAGGAGCCUCCAAGAAAACGGAGCCGGAAGCCCCUUCCUUCUGACGCGAAGGACUUCCACCAAAACAAGGGUCAACGCAAGAUGGUGAAGACCACCAAAGAGACGGAGCUUCCAGGGGCCAUCAAGAAGCCGGUUCAUCCCGCCAGCUUUACCUUCAUGGGUUUCCACCGUAGCUCCGCCAAAGAUCCAGUGGGCGGUCAAUACCGGAGCCCUCUGAGCCCCAGUGCCGUUAAAAAUCCUAUAAGCACGGCUGGAUCCGGCAGGCCGUCAGUUCAAAGCUCGUCUCUGCCCCUGAACAAGUCCAACCAGAACAGGAAUACAAGUGAGGGGAAAGUGUCCAUCUCCAGCAUGAACAGCGGUGCAAGUCUUGAUCUGAAAGCAGCUGCGUGUAAAUCCAAAGGGGUGGCUGCUCUGAACCUGAAUACCUCCAAACAUCCAGUUCAAGGAAGCCCUCAACGCACUCUGAGCCCACCAGGUGGACAAAAGAAGCCACAACCCACUGGGUCCACAGCACAACGCGGCCCCACUACUAAAACGGCGCCUUCCCAGCCUCCUAAGAACGCCUCCUCCAAUCAAGGUUCAAGUCUUCAGCCUCUCAACCUUCAGAAUAAGCAGCUCCAAGUCAGUGACGCUCCUGGAAGUGGCGUUACGGCGGCGUCAGGCCCAAGAAAUCCAGUCGUCCCUGCAAGAAAGACCACAGCCACACAGAACCCAGAGACGGGCGCCGUCAAAAGUCCUGUGACGUCUGGAAGAUCGCCUGCCAGGAAACCCCAGCCAGCCGGAGACAAGUUCAGAGGGGUGAACGAAAUCCAGAACGCUAAGGUCCAAAACCGCUUGGACAAGUCUUACACCGAGAUCCAGAACCCGCAGGAGAGAACCGCUACGAAAGGCAGCAAGAAAGCCAAAAUGACAGACAUGAGCACAGGCGAAGAGGAGAGCAGUUCAGACUCCGACCGAGACUCUUCCUACGCCGGGCAGGGUCACCCGGUGGGGGGCCACAACCAGGACUGGAAGCCCACGCGCAGCCUGAUCGAACACGUGUUUGUGACCGACGUCACGGCCAAUCUCGUCACGGUCACGGUCAAGGAGUCUCCGACCAGUGUGGGCUUCUUCAGCAUCCGCAACUACUGACGGCCGAUUUAGGCCGGUUCUGGCUCCAACAGGGUUCCUUAGUUCAUCUCAUGUUAGUCCAGACACAUUUUAGAUGCAAACCAUAAAAAUAGAGAGUUGAUUAUGAUUGUAAUUAUUUAUUUUGUCAUAUGUAUAAAAAAAGGCAUUUUGGCCUCACCUUAUGGUGGCAGAAAUAAAUGUUUUUCCACUUC